CUCACUCACGACACAAGACUAGAAGGCGUUGCAGGAUGGCAUUAGAGGAGCAGCAAGCAGCCGCGGAGGCUAGCACGUCGUCGCCUGCACUAGCGCUUACCAACAAGGAGCGGAGGUUGGCGAAGAAAGCUGAAAAGCAAGCCAAACAGGAGAGCAAGAAGGGCGAGAAGGCCAGCCUCAAGAGGAAGCAGGAGGAUGAGGAGGACGGGGUCGACGACAACAGCGGCGAUGAGGAUGUUGCAUUGAGCGGGUCGAAUAAAGAUGAAGGAGCAGAGCCGAAGGAAGGCGAUGCAGGGGAGGAAGAGGUCGAGGCUCUUUCGCACAAGGAGAUGAGAAAGAGACGGAAGCUAGAGAAGCGAGGUCUUCUCGAGCCGGCCGAGGAGAAGAAGGCGGCGACGGCGAACGAGGCCGAUGCUCUGCCGAAGAGAAGCCCGUAUAGCUUGUGGAUUGGCAAUUUGUCGUUCAGGACAAGCCCAGAAAAACUCCAGGAAUGGCUCGAGCAAGGUGGAAUCGAAGGCAUCUCGAGGGUGCACAUGCCAGCGGGCGCCAAGCGCGGAGAGUUUAACAAGGGCUUCGCAUAUGUCGACGUACCCGAUGUCGACACAGUCAAGGCAGGCAUUGGCAUGUCAGAAGGCCACCUCGAUGGACGCAGGUUGCUGAUCAAGUCUGGCUCCGACUACUCGGGCCGCCCCGAGAUGAACAGCAACGCCGUUGCACUCGCCACGGGCAAGGAAGACGCGGGGGAGGGUGACGCCGUCGCUGCAAGGCAGGGCAAGACGGGCCUGACCAAGACUGCACAAAAGAUCCUCCGCGCCCAAAAGCACCCACCUGGCCCUACGCUCUUUGUGGGCAACCUCAGCUUCGAGACGAAGGUCGAUGCGUUGCGUGAAAUGAUUGAACGGAGUGCCCACAAUCGCCAGGAAUUCGCGGCAAAGGAGAAGCUGGGCGAAGGAACCAAAGACGGCCAGGAGAAGGCGCCGCGAGGAGCCGGCAUCCGUAAGAUUCGCAUGGGCGAGUUUGAAGAUACCGGCAAGUGCAAAGGAUUCGCUUUCAUCGACUUUUUCACGCCUGCCUAUGCAACGGCAUCUUUGUGCGACCCGCACAACGCGAGACUUUUGGGAAGGGAGCUCAAGUUAGAGUUUGCAGGUGCCGAUGCCAUCCGUCGAGGAGCCGUCAAACAGCCUGGAGACCGUCCAAAGGGACGACCCUAUGAGAGACGCACCGACGACCAUCGGCGCGAACAGCCACAGGAAGAGGGGGAUGAAGAGGUGCUCAAGGCCGAGGCUCCUCAGCCUGGCACCUUUGAUCCAGACGCACCGCUGCCCAAGAAGCACAAGGAGACGAAGGAGGAGCGUGAGGCAAGGCGUGCGGCCAACCCUAAGACGAACCGAAGGAUCAAGCCGGGCGCGGCUCUGGCCAACGCGCAGAGAGAAAAGGUGUCCAUUGAUCACCGGGCGUCGAUGAAGGCAAAGAAGACUUUUGACGAUGAUGACUAGAUCCUCUCCCCUGUAUCAUAGCGGAUUCUUUUACUAUCUUGGCUAUUAUGUCACCUUCACUCAUUCAAUCAUG